AUUGUUGAUUAAAGAGAAUGAUAAACACAUACACAUUAAAUAGACCAUGUAGCUGCAAGAAACACAGACGAAGGAGGAGGAGAAAGCAUUCAUCCAUUGUUCUCAAAUCCACACCCAACACAACAACUCUUCCUCUUCUUCUUCCUCCCUCAAAAUCCAAACAUGAUUUUACCCCAAAACUCCAAACAUUCCAAAACAAGAGACACACAAUAAUACCAACAAUACCCAAUUGUGCAAAUUGGGUUUUGUUGUUGUUCGAUCGUUGACAUGAUUCCUUGCAACCCCAUAUUCCUCGUAGUCCUCGCUGUCGUCGUUUGUUUCAUUAUUCGGUUGAUGCUAUUCAAAACGGGAUUGAUAUACACGACGAAGAAACUCUACGGAACGGCACAAGAUUGGUUCCACGUGUACCAGUUCCUCAAAGUCCCCGAAUUAAACGACAGCAUGCAGAGGAAUCAGCUUUACCGCAAAGUUUCACUCUAUUUGCAUUCUCUUCCUUCAAUCGAAGAAUCUGACUUCACAAACCUCGUCACCGGUAAAACCCAAAACGACAUCGUUCUCUGCCUUGACCCAAACCAAACCAUCCAGGACCAUUUUCUCGGUGCUAAGCUCUUCUGGUUCAACCAAAAGACCGAACCGAACCGGACCGGUUCGUUGGUUCUCAAGAUCAGAAAAGCCGAUAAACGUCGAAUUCUCCGCCCUUAUCUCCGCCACAUCAACGCCGUCGCCGACGAGAUAGAGAAUCACGGCGGACGCGAUUUGCGGCUGUUCAUUAAUGACGCCGCCGCCGCAGCCGACUCCGUCGGCGGAACGCGGUGGAGAUCUGUUCCGUUCAACCAUCCGUCGACGUUCGAGACCAUAGCCAUGGAAGAGGAUCUCAAGAACAAGAUAAAAUCGGACCUGGAAUCGUUCCUCAGGGGGAAGCAGUAUUACCGGCGGCUCGGCCGUGUGUGGAAACGGAGCUUCCUGUUGUACGGACCCUCCGGCACCGGAAAAUCGAGCUUUGUCGCCGCCAUGGCAAAUUUCCUCAGCUACGACGUGUACGACGUGGAUCUCUCCAAGGUUCGCUGCGAUUCGGAUCUGAAGUUCCUCCUCCUCGAAACGACAGAGAAAUCGAUCGUCGUCGUGGAGGAUCUGGAUCGGUUCCUGGCGGAGCAAUCGGAAUCUAAGGCGGUGACCGCGUCGGGGAUUCAGAACUUCAUGGACGGGAUUAUAAGCUCGUGUUGCGGCGAAGAGAGGGUGAUGGUGUUCACUAUGAACAGCAAAGAGUGCGUUGACCCGAACCUGCUUCGGCCGGGUCGGGUCGACGUUCACAUUCAUUUUCCUAUGUGCGAUUUUUCGGCGUUCAAGACGCUGGCGAGUAGCUACCUCGGGGUGAAGGAGCACAAGCUGUUCCCUCGGGUGGAGGAGAUUUUCCGGAACGGAGCGAGUCUCAGCCCCGCCGAGAUCGGCGAGUUGAUGAUCGCGAACCGGAACUCGCCGAGUCGGGCCAUCAAAUCGGUUAUCGGAGCGCUGCAAACGGACGGUGAUGGGAGGGGGUGCGCGGAGAUGAUCGGACGGCAGAUAGAGGAUGAUGACGUGGAUGAAACUCACUCAGGGGUGCUUUGUGGUGCUGAAGGGUUCUCUACGGUUAAGGAUUUUCGGAAAUUGUACGGUUUCUUCAGAUUGCGGAACGCAAGAAGAUCUCGAUCGUCCAUUUCCUUUGAACAUGAUAGAUGAUGAUAGAUCAAUUAUACUUUCUUUUGAAUUUUUUAUUUUUUUUUUGUUAAUUUGGGUGGAGGAUUAGGUAAUGCGUUUAUUGGUUAGAAUCGUUAGAUACCCCAAUCAAAAGUGUUCGUAUUGGUCCCUUAGGAGUGAUUUGCAUUGAGUUCUUUUUAGUGGAACUGUAAAUUGUUAGAAUUAGAAUGGGCAUUGAUAUAAGAAAAAAAAAUAGAAUACUACAAGGUAUAGUUUGGACAUUAAAAACUACCAUGUAUAGUUUUAUUUUCCCAUUUUGAUGAAUGGGGAGCCAAUUGCCAGGUUUAUUAUUCACAUUGGAAAAAACAAAAAUUGUUCAAUAUAUUUUUGUUGUCCAUAUCAUUGUUUGAAUUGGGAAGAUA